UGGGUCAUGUCACUGGACACAGACUAUAUCUACCUCGAGGAGCCCGACUGGUCCGAACAAUCCGGUGCUUGGGAGACGACGUACAUACAUGUACACAACAAGGCCGUCCCCGACCAAAAGGUUUGGCAAUCGGCCGCCGAGGCUAAGAAGGAGAAGCAGAAGGGAAUAAUAGUCGACAGCGAGAAGUCCAGAGUGGUUAAAAAAGUGAACAACAAGAAGGAUCUAAGGAAAAGGGAAAAACAGUUGACGCAGAGCAUGCAGGUUACUACGAUAGUCAGCAAGGCUGUUGACACUAGUAAG